AUGGCCGUUGCGACACCGUUAUCUGUCCUACCAUACGAUGCCACAAGUCCGGCAUACUUCUCCUCACAAAAGGUUCCAAUGUCUCUUGACGGAUCGGUCGCUGGCAAUGAGAGUUCCCACUUCUCCGCACCCGAGCGCGCGGUAGACUUAUAUGGGGCCGAGGCCCCUGGCGAAAAUGAGACGGAUUGCGACGAUUGUGAUGAUUACAAGAAACCAACUGGAGAUACUUCUCCAAAAUCUACACGUGAAUCUGGGAUCUCUCGACCAGAGCUCGAAAUUCAGACUGGAUACACAAAUCAUAUGGGCCCCAGCACGAGAUCAGACGAAGAUGAACCUCCACAGUCGGUCAUCCAUGCUCCGCCUGGAUUUGGUGACUUCGCCCCAAUGCAACCCACUUUUGAGACCGAGGAGUCGCAGUCGCCAUCGACCAGCUCAGAUGAACAAGCUGAUUCAAUAACUAUAUCUACAAAAACGAGAAAAUUUGGAAACAGCCCAAUAUCGCCCCCGCCGCUGACAACGUCCCUCGGUCUGGCUAACGAUUGUACCGAGCGAGCGACACCUCGCGCACAAAAGAGACAUGAGUUUGAGGAGUUGGAAAGGCGCACUCGUUCGUGUAGCUUAGAAGAUAUUCCGGAAGGACUGACCAGCAAAGAGGCUGAAAUCAGUGCUCUGAAGGCUGCCCUCGACGAAUGUUGGACAUUAUGCAACACCCUGGCUAACCUGAGCUAUAUCCAUCGAGAACGCCUCAUGAAAUCUCACAAUGAUGACGUACAAGAGGAUGCGUGGCGAUCUUGUUGGAGACUUUGUCAGAAGCUCUAUGAUACACGGGAUGAUGACUAUGCAUCGCAAAUCCAUCCAACCCUUGAUCUCUGUCGUGAUUUCUGCCAGGCGCUAUUCGAAGCCCGGAUUCGCGACACUGACUUAUCUGACUCAGUUUUACGAGUGAGCUUCGAACUGAACAAUCAUCUCUACAAUUCUCACGAUAGGAACCUUCCGGAUGCUUUUCGCGAGCGAACCUUGGAUUUUUAUAUUACCUUGUGCCAUCGUCUCAUGAAGCAGCGCACCCGGAUCACGGAGACAGAUUCUCUAUUGAGCGCUUGCUGGACAUUAGCCGAGAUGCUGUUCAGCAUCCGACAAAGCAAGAGGGAAGGAAAGCCAUUGGAUGAGGAAUUGCUGGGGUCUGCCGUUCAAGCGUGUUGGGAGCUUUGCGAUAUCUUCCGCGAGGGCUGGACCGCUCAUAAUCUGCGCAACUCGGACCGAGGAACACCACGACCCAGCCAAACCACAUUCUCGCAGGCGUUCCAUCAAACGUCGCGGCAGUCGGAGUUGGAUUUCGGCGAUGACCCAAUGAGUCAACUGGCCAACCCUGAAACUCCAACCACCAUCUUUGAUGAUACAGCAACCGUGUCGCCCGACGAAGCCCAGAUUCCCAAUAUCCUCGUAUUCGGUAAUGGGAAUGGGCACCAUCCUCAUACGAAGUGGUCAUCCAAUGCAUCCAGCAUUUCGGAGAAAUCUCGGUCAUCUGGACACACUGCAUCUUCGGUGAACACUGUGACCACCGUCUCAGAGGAUCCUAACCUCACGCGGCUGAAGGUGCUGAUCACCAAGGCGGCCAUCAUUAGUGGGUACCAAAGGGGUGGAAACCAAAAUCUUUCAUCUUUUGUCAAGUCGCUUCCCUCGGAUGCAUUUGGGUCUACGGCGUGGCAGACGUCGUUGUUGAAGAAUUAUCGAAAGGUCGUGGCAUUUGAUCCGGCCUUCAGGAGUGUCGGCCUACAAGCCCGUGUGAGUGCCAUUGAUGUGGCACAUGCGUGUCAGGCGAUGCUGCAAAGCGGCCAGUACUCCUGGCUCCGCGAUCUUUACCGGCUUGUCUUUGGCUUUCAUAUGGAAGAGGCAAUGGGCCGCAAAGGUGUAACUAUCCAAGUUUAA